AUGCUGGCACUAUAUUAUCCUGCAGCAGCAGCAGCAGCAGCUGCUGCUGCUGCAGCAGCAGCACCUGCAGCAGCAGCACCUGCAGCAGAAGCAGCCGCAGAAGCUGCAGCUGCUGCAGCUGCAGCAGCAGCAGUACCUGCAGCAGCAGCAGCCGCAGAAGAUGCAGCUGCAGCAGCAGCAGCAGCAGCUCCUGCAGCAGCAGCAGCCGCAGAAGAUCCAGUUGCUGCACCAGCAGCAGCAGCAGCACCUGCAGCAGCAACAGCCGCAGAAGCUGCAGCUGCUGCAGCAGCAGCAGCAGCACCUGCAGCAGCAGCAGCCGCAGAAGCUGCAGCUGCUGCAGCUGCAGCAGCAGCAGUACCUGCAGCAGUAGCAGCCGCAGAAGAUGCAGCAGCAGCAGCAGCAGCAACAGCACCUGCAGCAGCAGCAGCCGCAGAAGAUGCAGCUGCUGCACAAGCAGCAGCAGCAGUACCUGCAGCAGGAGCAGCCGCAGAAGCUGCAGCUGCAGCUGCAGCAGCAGGAGCAGCCGCAGAAGCUGAAGCAGCAGCAGCAGCAGCAGCAGCAGCAGCACCUGCAGCAGCAGCAGCCGCAGAAACUGCAGCUGCAGCAGCAGUCGCAGAAACUGCAGCUGCAGCAGCAGCAGCAGCUGCUGCUGCUGCUGCGGCAGUAGAAGCUGCUGCUGCAGGUUCUGUCUGCUUCUGUCUCUGUGUAUCUCCUCUGGUGAAGGCUCUCCCUAGCAGCAGCAACAUAGCAGCACCUGCAGCAGCAGCAGCCGCAGAAGCUGCAGCUGCAGCUGCAGCAGCAGGAGCAGCCGCAGCAGCAGCCGCAGAAGCUGCAGCUGCAGCUGCAGCAGCAGAAGCAGCCGCAGAAGCUGCAGCAGCAGCAGCAGCAGCAGCACCUGCAGCAGGAGCAGCCGCAGAAACUGCAGCUGCAGCAGCAGUCGCAGAAACUGCAGCUGCAGCAGCAGCAGCAGCACCUGCAGCAGCAGCAGCCGUAGAAGCUGCUGCUGCAGGUUCUGUCUGCUUCUGUCUCUGUGUGUCUCCUCUGGUGUAG